CUACUGCACUAGAAGGUUAUAUUGUCAGUCUCAUAAUCAGAUUCAAAUCGCAAAUAAUGGCUGACGCAGGCAAAGUGUUGGAGGAUAUCGACGGUUUUGACAAGCAGAAGUUACGUCAUGUUGAAACUGAAGAGAAAGUUGUCUUGCCAGACAAGGAAGUUAUCGAAAAGGAGAAAACCGAGAAGCAACUUCUACAGGAAAUCGGGACGCCACAUUCUUUGAAACCUACUUCAACUCUAGAAAAAAACCCGCUUCCUACCAAAGAAGACAUUGCAGCUGAGAAGGCUAUUCACUAAAUAGUGACACAUGUUCGUUUUUACAUGUGAAAGUCGCGCCAUUUCUGGAUCAAGAGGUUUUUUAUGCUGUUCAGUCUUUUGUAUUCAAAGCUUUGGAGUUAGACUUGAUUUUGUGCAUUCUCAUUCAUCACAAUCACUAUCAUACUGUUAAUUUUUAUUCUAAAAGAUCUAUCGCUUUAUU